ACACAGGAAUGAACCGAGGUUGUAGCCCAACUGCCUUUCUUUCAAAACAUGUUUUUUUCUCUCAACCUCAGUGUUUUAGCAGCACGCUGACUUAAUUCCUCCAGUAAUUAUUUACAUAGAUUUAUUGGUUUGUAGGGGGAAAGAGUGGGUGGAUAAGAUUAUCUUGGGCUAACUGAUAUACUGAUUAUUAUAGCGCUACUUCCAGACGUCUUUCUCAGAUCGACGGCAACGCUGCCGUCAUUCAAAUAUCAACACACCGGCCCCUCGUGUAACUACCCGCCAUGGCUCCAAAUCUCAAAUGUGCGGCCUGCUGUGUUUGUGGGAAGAAACGGAGAACACACCCUGGUGUGAAGCUCCAUUUAUUCCCAAAGGAUGCCAGAAGGUGCCUCCAGUGGGUGAAAGCCUUGAAAAUUGGCUUUCAAAAGCAUACUCAAGCCAUCUGUAGUGACCACUUUGAUGGGGUUCAUUUUGGCAGCAAGGGCCAGCUGCUGCCGACUGCAACCCCACGUCACACAGAUGGCCAUGAGGAGCAACCACCCACUGGGUUCCCGGCAUCAUCCCACAAUGCAGCCGCCAUUGACUUGGAGCCAAUGGAGUUGGAACUCUCCUCUACACAGAUUGUGCUGCCACAUUAUGAUCCGAACACAGGUUUCGGUAAUACCCAAGAGAAUGUGGCAGCCGAAGAGGAGAGUCCAAGAAAGAGACCACGGGUGGAGCUGAACAGAACUCAGCCACCCCCAGAGGAAUGUGACAUUACCCAACCCCACACACAGCUGCUCAGUGUCCCCCAAGCCACACAUGAAAAUAAUGAGCUGCAGCCUGACACUGAUGAGUGUGCUCCCCAUUGCACUGCACCAGCUCCAUGUGCUGAUUUUGGGUGUGAAACUGAAGGGGUUGGAGGAAACCCGACUCGGCCAUCAAGCUCACCAAAAUACAAGACAUCAAAACUGCAAUUGUUGCAGAAGACGGUCUGCCGUCUGCGCCGGCAGGUGAGGCAGCUCAAAGCUCAGGCCAUUACCACUCCUGGGCAGUUUUUGGCCAAAGCCAGCAAUUUCCUAGAUCCAAAAGUGGUGGAUUUUUUCAAAGGACAGAGAACCAUUUUGGAAUCUCUGCCAACAGAAAUCCAAGGCUUGCGGGAAGUUUACUAA